AUGGACUCGGAUGGUGAUGCUGCGAUGGCAAACGGUGGGGGGGGGGCAUCGGCAAACGAUGAGAAUUGUGCUUCUGGCGAGCGCAGUGUCCCCGAGCAUUGUGAAGAGUGCGAGGAUAGGCGACCAGUGUGGGAUUGCAAGCAGGGGUGUGGUGGAGUGUUCUGCGACGUUUGUUUCUACGCGCUGCACCGCAAGGGGAAAAGGGCCUUGCACAAGCCAGAAAAGAUCGAGCGCCCGGGGGCAGCUACCGGAAAUUGUGGGCCAGCAGCCGGGAAGGGGCUGAGCGGGUGGAUUGGGCCGCGGUUGCCUCCACAAAAGGAGGAGGCGCAUCCCGACAUGUAUGAUAGAAAAUCUUUCUCCGAGAGAUCCAAGUACAUUCCGGUGCGACUGACUUCCGACGAGCGCCGCUACUUGCGACUGGUGGAGUCGGUCAUCUCUGUCACGGACUACACAGGGAAGGUCGAUGCCGACUUCCCUUCGGCGAGCAAGCGCAGCCACCUCAUCCUCAAGCAGAUCACGCGGUUCUUGAGCGGGCUGGUGCUUGCGGUAGACUACCAGAAGGGCAUGACGAUGAUCGACGAGCGAGGGUACAGCGAGCACGAGGGUUUUUUCCAGGACGUGCUGGAGAUCGCUCGAAGACACAAGAUUAUGAACCCCGAGAAGAUGCGUACGGAGUACGCUAAGCUGAUCUACCUGAUGCAAGACGCGGUAUCCCCGGAGGCGCAGCGUAUCUUGAACUUGAACAUCAAGAGAGGAGUGAAGUCGGUGUACGAGUUCUUGAGGGAAAGGGGAGGCCUGGCGAUUCUUAGCGAUCCGAACGUGGAGAUUGCGACAAGGGAGGUCUUGGCGAAUGGCAGGCCACGACCGCAGAUCACCAAGGACAUUAGGAGGAAGGAGACAGCGGUGGCGCAGAUCAAGCGGAAGUAUGCCACCCACAACCUUUCACAGGAUGACAUCCACACCUGCCUCUACAGCAUGUGCGACAAUGACUCCUUUCUCAACUCGAACCGCGUGCCCAUCGACAAGAUGAUAGCGUUUUUGGAGAAGUACUUCUCACCGGACACUCCGGGAGACGAUGCUUACUCCCUGGCCAUCUCAGCCGGAGAGGGCGGGGCGCGCUUGACGCACUCCCACGCGCGACAGUACAACUUUGCGCAUCAGUCGCUAACGUUGUGGCGAGAUAUCAUGCACGACAUGUUUCGACUGUGGUGCUUAGGGGAGGAAGACUUGCUCUCCGAAAGCUUUGCUUACAAGCUAGUGGACACGGGGCAAGGGAAACAACGGGUGCAGAACAGCCCCCAGACCUUCAAAGCCAUGCAGGAGAUCCUGUUCCACGCCCAGCAUGGGGUACAGAGCUGGGUAGGGAGCAGCGUCAUCCACCUGGGCGACCACAACGUACCGAACGCCCUGAUGUUUAUCGACAAGUAUACCCAGGUUUCGCGCAUCCUGGGCCCCAUCGUGUCGUGCCUGGAGCAGCUUGUCGUGCUGUACGACAAGGAUGAACACAUCCAAAACCUGAUCGACACCGGCUAUGGCGGGCUUGAGACGCUGAGGAAGGACAUUCUGUUCGACUUUUUUCGAUCGGCUUUCGACGGCAGCGGUGCCGACAACUUCUUCGACGCCGGCAGUUGCAUUGACGGCCGGCUGACCUCGGCAUGGAACUGGUGCUCCCAGCUGAACUCGAAGCCGUUCUUCCCGAUGUUCCAGCUCACGGGCUUUACCAGUUUCGAUGGAGAGUUUCAGCGUUGAAGAGACCGUUAGAAAUUCGCCGUCUAUUCGACUUCCACCGAGCAGGACGCGGCGAAGGGGAGCAAGUAUCCCCAUUUGGAUCUGGGGCCAUGUGGUGGUGGUGGAGGUGUUCACAAGUGAAGAUGUGCGGAACAUUUUUUUAUGACAGUGGUCGAGCGUGAAAUUGGCCGUUGAUAGAUCAAAGAUGCGAGGUUUCCGGUUGCCUUUUUCGAAGAAAGGACGAUGCACAC